ACGUUAUUGUGUAAAAAUCUGAUCGGUAAAUAAUGUCAGGAAUUUUAUUUAUAAUUUUGUUGGGGCUUACAAUUUCGAGCUCCGUCGCAGCAAGUCAUUUACCGGUCCUCGGUGCGACCCUGCAGGAUAUAGAAUCAGAUAUUUUUGGUGCAUUAGGUGAAUUCCAAUCUUAUAGCCAGGAGGAAAUUGAUAAACAUGUUCAGAAGAUUGAGGAAAGAGUUACAAGGUAUGGAUAUCCGUUUGAAACUCACUCCGUCCAAACUGAGGAUGGAUAUAUUCUAGGACUCCAUCGAAUUCCAUACAGUCCAAACAAUGGACCAGUUCCAGAAAAACCAGUGAUAUACCUACAACAUGGUUUGCUCUGUUCUUCCAACGACUGGAUUAUGGCAGGACCCGGGAAAGGGUUAGCAUUCAUUUUGGCCGACCUUGGGUACGACGUGUGGAUGGGAAAUUCCCGUGGCAAUUCCUUCUCCAAAAAUCAUGCUUGGCUUCAUCCGAAGUCGAAGUCUUUUUGGGAUUUUAGCUUUCAUCAAAUUGGAUAUUACGAUUUACCGGCCAUGAUUGACUAUAUUUUGCAAAUUACCGGCGAAUCUCGCUUGAAUUAUGCUGGCCAUUCACAGGGAACACUUGUAUUUUUCAUCAUGACAUCACUUCGACCGGAAUAUAAUAUAAAGAUUCGUUCAAUGCAUGCUCUGGCACCAGUCGUUUUUAUGGGUAAUGUUCCGAACCCGUUCUUUCGGGUGCUAGCACCGCUUCUGUCUCAAGUUUCGCUUUUGAAUAAGCUUUUGGGAAGUUUUGAAUUUUUACCGUCAACAACUAUGAAAAGGUUGGCUGGAUCAGUGUUGUGCCGAGAUCAGUCAACGUUUCAACCAAUUUGUGCGAAUAUCCUUUUCUUGAUUGGCGGGUAUAAUCAUGACAACCUCAACUAUACUUUGCUUUCUGAUAUCCUACAAGUAACCCCAGCUGGAGCGUCCGUCAAUCAAAUCAUCCACUACGCUCAAGGAGUACCGUCUGGAAAAUUCCGUCAAUAUGACUAUGGGAUUUUGAAAAAUUUGCUUGUUUAUAAAAGUUUGUGGCCACCAGAUUAUCCUUUGGGGGAGAUAACCGCUCCGAUUCACUUGUAUUAUUCAAAUAAUGAUUGGUUGGCAGCUGUGAAGGAUGUGCAAAUACUCGCAAGCAAAUUACAGAAUGUAGUUUACAACAAAAUAGUUCCUGACCUGACAUUCAACCAUUUCGACUUUUUGUGGGGUCUUAAUGUAAGGGAAAUGGUAUAUGAUGACUUGAUAGAGAAUAUCCAAAGAUAUGUGUAAAUAGUAGCUCUAUUUCUACUAUUCUGCUUAGGCUGUGCCCGUAUUCGCGAGUGAUAUAUAUAAGGUCAAUUAAUAUUAAUUUUUUUUAUACUUUUGUUAUAACAUAACUGUUACAUAAUACAAUACAAAUAUUGAAUUCUA